AUGGAACCGCCGAGUAUCCCGGACAAUCGACCUUACAAGUCUUCCUCCAUGCCACACACACCAGCAAUUGUCGAGCCAAACGACGACUUCAUCACCCAAACACAGACCAUGUCUGUACGCUCCAAUUCUCCUCCGGGGCAAGCUUUCGAGCCGUCAGCCUUUGGUCAGCCAGCGAUUGGGAGACCACCGAUGGGAUCGCGACAGUCCUCAAUUGGCGCAAGAACCAACGGCGACUCCCCGCGCAGAUAUUCGAUUGACCAAGAAUCGAUUGCCGACUCAUUUGGCAACCAAUCCCUCGGUCAUCAUUCCAUUGGAGGCCAACCAGACAGGCAGUGGCAGUACGGCCAACACCAGUUCGACCAGCGAUCGCAAAGCAAUCUGUCCCUGGACCAGGAGUCAGUAGGAAACCAAUCGCUCGGACACCACUCUAUAGGUGGCCCACCGAGGGGUUAUUAUUCAUCGCCUUCAACCCCCACCCGCGAUGUCCACUCGUCCCUUUCGACAAGAUCAAUGCGCCGGAACGUUGUGGUGAACGAACUCCCAGUUUUGCAACAAACAAACCCCAACGAGGGCUCCGAACAAUUCCACCCGAUAAUCGAAGAAAAUGAGGAACAAUCGUAUGACUUGGUUGCUCCGUACGAAGGCGACGCGGCCCCACUGCAUUCCCUGGAGCGACAAGCGGACCUGAUGUUUUGCUCGGAGCAUAUGCUGGUAAUUCUCAGCAACCCGCGGUAUCUUGCCCGAUUCCGCGAAUUCUUGCAUCAAGAGCGUCCUGGUUCACUUUCGACUUUGACUUAUUAUCUCAAUGCUUGCAAAUCGCUCAAAGCGAUCGAAUAUGCUAAUGCGCUCGUGCGACUGGCUGUCGAUGUGCCUACGGCUGGCGUUGAAACGGCCGAGAAGCCUGUUGGUCCUACUGUGAACCCUGCGCUAGAAGCUCGUGUACAGGCAGCAUUGAGUGCUUUGACUGCAGAGGAAUUACCUGCUUUUAUAACGUCCACCUGUAUCAACAUUACCAGCAAGGUUGUGGAGGAGCGCGUGCGCGGAACCCUUCCGGACAAGUUUCAGGGUACUGCCGAUGCGCUGGCUGAGGUGUUUUGUUUGACCGAUCCGUCGCGGCCAGAUAAUCCUAUUAUCUUUGCUUCUCAAGAAUUCCACCGCACUACUCAGUACGGUAUGGACUAUGUGCUCGGAAGGAACUGUCGAUUCUUACAAGGGCCGAAAACAAACCCCAACAGCGUGCGCCGUAUCCGAGAAGGGAUCAAGGGCGAGCGACACCAUUCUGAGCUCUUCCUCAACUACCGCCGCGAUGGCUCUCCAUUUAUGAACCUGCUCCAAUGUGCACCUCUCUGCGACAGCCGUGGAAAGGUCCGCUACUUCAUUGGUGCCCAAGUCGAUGUCUCAGGACUAGCGAUGGAGGGCGCCCAGAUGGAAUCUCUACAAGACAUACACGCCAAAAAGGAGAAUGCCUCUGUCAACGGUUUGACAACCAAGGAAUCAAAAAGCGAGUUCCAAGAACUUGGCGAGCUUUUCAGUCCCCGCGAACUGCAGAAUGUACGCGAACAUGGAGGCAACCUGUUCCAACCAAUCGUCAAUGAGGACCCGCAUCACCGGCUCUUCCUGCAAGAUUCGGAUACCGAGACCGAAGGCGGCCAGGAUCAGAAUACAUCCCAGUCAAAUCAUCCGCCAAACCCCACCGCCAGCCUUUCUCUCACUGGCGUCUACAAACAUUACCUCCUCGUCCGCCCAUACCCAUCUCUCCGCAUUCUCUUCACAUCCCCCUCCCUCCAAAUCCCAGGAAUGCUCCAAUCAUCCUUCCUCAACCGCAUCGGCGACUCAGGUGCCAAGCGCGAUAAUAUCAAGAAUGCCAUGAUGUCCGGGCGGAGCGUCACAGCGCGCAUCAAGUGGGUCACCAAAUUCAAUGACCAAGGCCGCAAUCGGUGGAUCCAUUGUACGCCGUUGAUGGCCAAUAACGGAGAGAUUGGUGUCUGGAUGGUUGUUGUCAUUGAUGACGAGGAGGAGCAUUCUAUUAGGUGGAAUGGCAAUUGGCCUACCACUUACUGA